UUUGUCACCAAUACACAAACACUAGUACUUCAUAUAAACAAUGCUGACGCGCCCCAACCGAGUUCAGCGCUCCGCGCUACGAACGGUCAGCAACAGCAACCGGACACCCCUUAUCCGGGGUACCGAGCUAUGUUGCAUAAAUGCUGAGUCGGCUUGCCGACCAUGGGUUUAUGGCGUGAUGCAUUGGAGCCAGAGUAGAUCCACACUUUCAUAUUCUUUUGUAUUUAGUCUUAAGCCAGAGCUUUAAUAAAGAGCAGCUAUUCACUCCGGCACGCAGCCGUAAAAUAUCAUUUUAUUAUUUGAAUACUCUCGCUGAGCCAAAAGGCCAGCGAUCGACAAAGAGGGCAAAGUCACGCCCUCCAACCUAAACUUCGUAAGAAGAUAUAAAUCCCUGGUGGCAGCAUCGUACCGGAUCCCACGGGAAGGAAUAUCCGCACGUCAGGAGGCCAUAUUUUGUGUGGAAUAUUAAAUAAAUAAAAAAGCUAACAGCCCUUUUUUGCAUGCUUUUAGGGAGCAUUAUUUUCCACAUCAUACUUUUACCAACAGAAAAUUCUGUAGCAUACCCCAAACGUAAAUUCUACUUUACUUUACCUCGACCCAUUGAUUUUACACAGCCUACUUUUUACAAGAGUAAAUUCUGUGCAGACCUUUUCCUUGUCGUUUUUAGGGGAAACACCUUUUUCCCUUUGUGUCGCCUUAUAUUUCUCGCGCGUGCAAAUAUCACGCCUCGCAUAGCCGAUCGACCGUGCUCGGAAAGAAUUAAUUUGCGUGGUGUCAACCAAUGGUAAAUGAGUUGGACGGCAUAUAGAAACAUAAAAGUCGAAGACGUUAGUGACGACGAGUUUAGUUCAGAGCCAGUAGGUUUUUGUCCGAAUACUACAAGUAGCACUGCAGCCAUGGACGCCGCACAGCUACAAGCUAUUAUAGCUGGAGCUGUUAGCCAGGCUUUGGCUGAACAAGAACACAGACUAACGCAGGCCUUCCAGGCACAAUUAGAUGAGGUUAAACAGCAGAUGCAAAACUUGCGUGUAGAAGCACCACAGGUAGAGGCAUACAAAAAAAUAAUCCCAAACCCUGACGUACGGUGCGAAGUCAAGCUUGACAUUGUGAAGACCUUGCCAGACUUUUCGGGGGAACAGGACGACUAUGUGUCAUGGCGGCAGUCAGCCGUAGACGCAUACGAAAUCUUCAAACGGUAUGACGGUAGCGAGGCACAUUACCAAGCUGUCUCGAUUAUCAGGAACAAAGUUAGGGGGCCAGCGAGAGGGCUACUAGUUGCCCAUAACACAGUCCUAAAUUUCGAUGCCAUUAUUGCUCGACUGGAUUGUACCUACGCGGACAAAACGUCGCUGCGCGUGCUUAGGCAGGGACUCGAAACAGUUAGGCAAGGAGAGCUUAGCCUAAUGGAAUAUUACGACGAUGUAGAGAAACGAUUGACGUUAAUAACAAACAAGAUCGUUAUGACUCACGAACCGGACAGUGCGAUUCUGUUUAAUAAUGAAGUUAGAGAGGAUGCUCUCCACGCAUUUAUUGCCGGUCUUAGGAAACCCUUGAGGGCCAUAGUCUUGCCGGCGCAGCCCAAGGAUUUGCCCUCAGCUUUAGCUUUUGCUAGGGAGUCCGAGGCUACCAUAGAACGCACAAACUUUGCCAAUACAUAUGUGGCGCCCAGACUGGCAACACGGCGUAAACAAGUACUAACGCCAAGACCUUUCCUGGAUGACGAUAUCUUCAUCGAAGCGCAAUUUCAAUGCAGCCGCAUUUCUUCAGAUAACACGCGCUACUACCAUUUAAUCAGUGCUUUGGAUGCUGAUAUAAUGACUGAAGUAUCUGAUGUUCUGGUGCAACCCUCGGAAGUCAACAAAUACGAGCACCUGAAGGAGAUUAUCAUCAAGCGCUUUACGGAAUCACCGGACAGACAGUUGCAGCGCGCUUUGCUGGAGCUUGACCUUGGGGACAAGAAGCCCUCGCAGCUCCUUCGGCAAAUGACAACUCUUGCUGACGGUCGCGCGUCUGCAGACGCCUUGCGAGUCCGCUGGCUCUCUCAGCUACCGCAGCACGUACAACGGAGUUUGAAGCUCCUACGCUCAGCAACUUUGGAAGCGCAAGCUGCACUCGCUGACGAUCUCAUGGAAGAGGAAUCGGGUUCUUUUGUCAUGGCUGCUGGGCCCUCCUCGGCACAAUUCAGAGGCAACACCCGCGAAUACCCGCCGGCAGCUGGCACAAGUGUCGUGGACGACUUGAAACGCGACAUCGCUGCCAUCAAGGCCUCUUUAACUCAUCUCCAGAACAUGCAGCCCUCCAGCCAUUCUUGCCCAGCCGAUCGCAACGAGCAGCAACUCCGAUCACCACGUGUCUGCUUUUAUCAUGCCAAAUUCGGACCAAAUGCACGAAAAUGCUCCUCGCCCUGUGCCUGGGAGUACCGACUUCACAUAAUCGAUCGUAAUACCAACAUAAAAUUCCUUAUUGAUUCCGGAUCAGUCAUCUCACUCAUACCUGUUUCGAUAAUCAAGGGAAUGCAUCGUCGCAAAGACGACUUCAAACUCUUCGCGGCCAACACGUCUAUAAUUGAUACAUACGGCACGCUAAAUCUAACUUUUGGUCUCAACCUACAGCGUAAGUUCACCUGGUCGUUCGUCGUUGCGAACGUCCAAUCAGCAAUCAUCGGAGCAGAUUUCCUCACGCACCACGGCCUCAUCCUCGACCUCAAGGGUAAACGCCUUAUGGAUCCCUCAAAAGCUGUUUCGACCAAAGGAGAAGUUGCAGAAGCAAAACUUUACAACGUUUCUACAAUCAACGUGCAAAGUUCCAGUGGAAUAGAUCGCCCGUACUCCAAUCUUCUUAGUCGCUUUGUGCAGAUCACUCGUCCUAAUGCGCCUUUAGCAACCCGCAUUCAUAAUGAGGUUGCGCAUUACAUUCAAACAACUGGCCCACCUGUUUUCGACAAGCCAAGAAGGCUGACAGGCGAAAAAUUAAAAGCGGCACGCCGGGACUUCGAUCUCUUACUCCAGCAAGGAGUGAUUCGUCCCUCCAGCAGCCAAUGGGCCAGUCCUAUUCAUUUGGUCCCCAAGAAGAGCAGCGAAUGGCGCACUACUGGUGAUUAUCGUAAACUUAAUGCUUCCACUAUUCCAGAUCGCUACCCGAUUCCCCAUGGGGAAGACAUUCUUCAACGUCUGCAUGGAUGCUCGGUUUUCUCCACAAUCGAUUUGGUGCGUGCCUACCACCAGAUCCCAGUCGCGCCAGAUGAUAUUCCAAAAACAGCUGUCACUACACCGUUCGGCCUUUUCGAAUUCGUCGGCAUGCCACCUGGACUGCGCAAUGCAGCGCAAACCUUCCAGCGCCACAUGGACAACCUGCUUCGAGGCAUUCCAUUCGUAGGAUGCUAUAUGGACGACAUCAUCGUGUUCUCCACAACGCAUGAGGAGCAUUUGAAGCACCUCCAGACAAUCUUUGAGAUUUUGCAGAGGAACCACCUGCAAAUUAACCCUCAAAAGUGCCAAUUUGGUAAAAGUGAGGUCAUUUUCUUAGGGUUCCAAGUCAAUGCGAGCGGAUUCAAGCCCCCUGUUGAGCGCACGCAAGCAAUCAACAGUUUUCCCAAGCCUCAAACUAUCAUGGAAUUGCGCCGGUUUUUGGGAAUGGUCAACUACUACCGACACCUCAUCCCACACGCAGCUCAGGCUCAAAUCCCGCUCACAGACUACCUAAAAGGCGCAACCAAAAAUCACAAGCGCGAAAUAGCCUGGACCGGCCCUGCGGAGGACGCAUUCCAGGUCUGCAAGCAAGGAAUUUUACGUGCCGUGUGCUCUUCGUUCCUUUCCCCAUCGGCUCACCUCGCCCUUAAAACGGACGCCUCCGAUACAGCGAUCGGCGCUGCUCUCGAACAACUAGUCGGCAAAGUCGUAUCCCCAACGAAUUUUUUGAGUCGCACACUCCAACCGCCUUCAGCAAGGAUCACCGACUCACCGAGCAACUACGUCAACAUAUCAGGACAGCCCCACCUACUCCUGCGGCGCAUCACGCUAAACCACCUGUUUUCAUUUCGAGUGGCAUCUGUUAAAAAACCACUCGAGCCGCCUUACACGGGACCUCAUCGGGUAAUACGCCGGGUUGAUGACAAGUUCUACGUCAUCAGCAUUCAUGGACAAGAGAAGGCCAUAUCAGUCGACCUCCUCAAGCCUGCCUUCAUAGCUGAAUCUGACGCUAGCGAAGACCACCACGAGGAUCCACCGCCUGACCAACAGAUUUCGCAGCCACCUACGCCACCGAGCCCUGCACCUGCAGCUCCAGAAUUUAUACCCAGUAACUACUUAAGUUACCAUACAUAUGCAAAGGUUUUAGAGGACAAGGCAACCGCCUAUGAGCACCGAAAGGAUCGAAACCGCUCAAAGGAGCCGCAUGGAAAAUAUAGCAGGGCCGGGGACGGCCUAGGGAAAAACCCUCAUUUUUACAAGAAGCAGGGUAAACAAAAUAAUUUUGCCCAGAAUAAUAACAGCUAUCAGAAUCAAGCACCUGAGCCUAUGGAGUUAGGCUCCACUGUAACCCAACAAAGGCAACCGACCUCCUUUGGAAACGGUCAGCCUACAAACGCCAAGGCCGAGAGUACUCAAGGCCAGAAAAGAUUCGGCUCCGCUCGCAUGACCGGGCAGAGGCGUCAGAAAUUGCAGAACACUAUGCAACAGGCUGAAGAGAAUAAUGGCGGCGAGUUAGAUGACGAAUCCGAUGAAAAUGAUCAGAUCAAUUUUAGGGAGCGCUCCCGACUGCCGUUCAUUGAACGACAGCUCCAAGGGAGACUACUAAAAAUACUAAUUGACACAGGGGCGGCGAAAAACUACAUCAAGCCCGUAAAGGAGCUUAAACAUGUAGUGCCCGUCGAUUCCCCUUUCACGGUUAGUUCCAUUCAUGGUUCUAACAGGGUUCACCAAAAAUGUUUAAUGAAUAUUUUUGGAAAAACAUCUGCGUUUUUUCUUUUGGACGCACUGACACCAUUCGAUGGUAUAAUUGGAUUUGAUCUCCUAGCUCAAGUAGGAGCAAAACUCGACGCAGAGAAAGGUACGAUAAAUUAUGGUUCUGUUUCUGAGAAGCUUCAGCAUCAUAAUUGCGAUAAUGUUAAUUUUACUAACGUAAAUGACAUCGCCGUGCCAGAGCCUGUAAAAGCGCAAUUUCGAGGUAUGAUCGAAAACAGAUCUAAGGCAUUUUCAGCCUCUAACGAGGCACUGCCGUUUAACACCUCUGUUGUCGCCAGAAUUCGCACAAGCGAUGAUAAGCCGGUAUACUCCAAGCUAUACCCGCAUCCAAUGGGUGUAUAUGAGUUUGUUAAGCGAGAAAUCGCAGACUUACUUCAGAAAGGCAUCAUUAGAACCUCUAAAUCGCCUUACAACAAUCCAACAUGGGUUGUAGACAAAAAAGGCCAGGAUGAAUUGGGGAACAAAAAUAAGCGUUUAGUUAUAGACUUUAGGAAACUUAAUGAAAAAACCAUCGCUGAUAAAUACCCAAUGCCAAACAUCUCCAUGAUACUGGCGAACCUAGGAAAAGCUAAGUACUUUACGACGUUAGAUCUAAAGUCUGGCUACCACCAAAUAUACUUGGCCGAACAGGACCGCGAAAAGACCUCUUUUUCGGUAAACGGCGGAAAGUAUGAGUUUUGUCGGUUACCGUUCGGAUUGAAGAAUGCGGGAAGCAUCUUCCAAAGAGCGAUCGACGACGUCUUACGAGACCAAAUUGGCAAGUCAUGCUAUGUUUACGUAGAUGACGUCAUUAUUUUUUCUGAAAACGAAAAUGACCACGUCAAGCAUAUAGAUUGGGUUUUAAAAAGCCUGUGCAAUGCUAAUAUGAAGGUAUCCAGCGAAAAAACACACUUCUUUAAGCAGAGUGUUGAAUAUCUGGGAUUUAUUGUUACCAAUGGAGGUGCAAAAACCGACCCAGAAAAAGUAAAGGCCAUAAAGGAAUAUCCAGAGCCUACAAAUUUGUAUGAGCUAAGGUCAUUUUUGGGUCUGGCCAGUUAUUACCGUUGCUUCGUGAAGGACUUUGCGGCGAUCGCGAGGCCCUUGACAGACUUGCUGAAAGGAGUAAACGGCUCUAUCAGCAAACACAUGUCCAAGAAAACACCUAUUGAGUUUAGUGAUUUGCAGAGAGAUGCAUUUGAGAGGCUGAGGAACAUCUUGGCUUCUGAAGAUGUAAUGCUCAGAUACCCCGAUUUCAAGAAGCCAUUCGAUCUGACGACGGAUGCCUCUGCGAACGGUAUUGGUGCGGUUUUAUCGCAAGAUAAAAGACCCAUCACUAUGAUCUCUAGGACCCUGAAAGAAAGCGAGUCACACUACGCAACAAAUGAAAGAGAAUUGUUGGCCAUAGUGUGGGCCUUGGGCAAGUUACAACACUACCUCUACGGCACUCGCGAUAUAAAUAUUUAUACGGACCAUCAGCCGCUGACAUUCGCGGUGUCCUCCCCCGGUGACGCUCUUUCUAGGCAGAACAUUAAUGCCCUACAAAAUGAGCCUCAGUCAGACGCUGCGACUAUCCACAGCGAACUGUCAUUGACCUACACGGUCGAAACGACAGACCAACCGGUGAACUGCUUCAGAAAUCAGAUUGUCAUAGAAGAAGCACGUUUCCGACUAAAACGAAGCUUGGUGUUGUUUCGCAGUAAAACUCGCCACCUUAUCAAUUUCGCCAACAAAAGCACCAUUUUGGAAUUGCUGAAGGAGGUCGUAAACCCCGAAGUCGUGAAUGCGAUACACUGCGAUCUACCCACCCUGGCAAGUUUUCAACAUGAUUUAAUUUCUCAUUUCCCAGCUACGCAGUUCCGAUACUGUAAGAAUAUGGUUAUAGACGUUACGAAUAGAAAUGAGCAGUUGGAAAUUGUCACGACAGAACAUAAUCGUGCACACAGGGCGGCUCAGGAGAAUACCAAGCAAGUCCUCCGCGAUUACUAUUUCCCCAAAAUGAGCAGCCUAGCAAAGGAAGUGGUUGCAAAUUGCAAAAUAUGCACCAAAGCCAAAUACGACAGGCAUCCUAAAAAACAAGAGCUCGGGGAAACACCCAUACCAGGCUAUACCGGCGAAAUGUUGCACAUCGAUAUCUUCUCAACUGAUAAGAAGCAAUUCUUAACAUGUGUUGACAAGUUCUCGAAAUUUGCAAUAGUGCAACCAGUGCUGUCCAGAACAAUAGUGGACGUCACGGGGCCCCUGCUUCAACUCGUAAAUUUGUUUCCCAAAAUCAAAAUGAUAUAUUGCGACAAUGAAGCCGUCUUCAAUUCGGAGACUAUCACCUCCUUACUUAAAAACAACUACCACAUAGACAUUGUAAAUGCGGCCCCGCUGCAUAGCCUGUCAAACGGUCAAGUGGAACGAUUCCACAGUACCUUGACAGAAAUAGCCAGGUGUCUUAAGUUAGACAAAAAAAUCAGCGAUACGACAGAAUUAAUAUUGAGGGCAACAAUAGAGUAUAAUAAGACCCUACAUUCUGUCACUCAGGAGAGACCAGUCGAGAUUCUCCACACGGGUUCUGAUGAUCGCUGCCUAGGCAUAAAAGACAGGCUGGUAAAGGCCCAGCAAAACAACAUCGAAAGAUGCAACCCAGCUAGGCAGAACCGUGUUUUUGAGGUAGGAGAAGAAGUGUUUGUCAAAAACAAUAAAAGGUUAGGAAAUAAGCUAACCCCGUUAUGCACAGAACAAAAGGUGCAAGCAGACCUGGGAACGUCUGUUCUCAUUAAGGGGAGGGUGGUCCACAAGGACAACCUCAAAUAAAAUUCCCACUUUUAUUUGCCUAUUCCUAGUAGUAAGCCAGAU